AUGACCGACGACGGAGCCGCUUCCUCUGCACCCGCCGUACCCAAGAAGAAGGCCGGGAACCGGCUGGUGGUGGAGGUGGCGACCACCGACGAUAAUUCCAUCUGCAACCUCCACCCGGCCACCAUGGACAAGCUGUCCAUAUUCCACGGCGACGUCGUCCUGCUCAAGGGCGAGAGCCGCCGCGACACGGUCUGCAUAGCCAUGUCGGACGAGCACUGCGAGGAGAACAAGAUCAACAAGGCAGUCCGUCCACCUCGCCGUCGUGAACUCCAGAGCAACGGUGCCACCUCUCCCGCAGCUGCUGCUUUCGCGUCCUCGACCGGCACUAUCGACGGCGAGCUCCUCGAUCAAGUCUCGCCUCGUCAAAGGCCUACUCGCUGCCUCCUUGGGGGGGCGGUGCCACUGCCACGUCUCCCGGAGCUCAGCGUAGAGCUACGCAUGGAAGAGCGCACGAAGAAGGCGGAGAGGGUCACGAUGCCGCGCAGCCAUUCACGUGGAUCUUGGCCGUUUUCACCCAAAAAUCACAGGAGCGGCCCUGACGUGAAGGGACCCGAGCUGCUGACCAUGUGGUUCGGUGAGAGCGAGGUCAACGUCCGUGAGAUCUUCGACAAGGAGCGUCAGUCCGCGCCAUGCGUCCUCUUCUUCGAUGAGCUUGAUUCUAUCGCGACGCGAAGAGGCAGCAGCGUGGGAGACGCCGGUGGUGCGGGGGACAGGGUCCUCAACCAGAUGCUCACCGAGAUGGACGGCAUGAAUGCCAAGAAGACGGUGUUCAUCAUCGGUGCCACCAACCGGCCGGACAUCAUUGACCCGCUGCUCCGUCCUGGCCGUCUCGAUCAGCCAUUAUUGGGAAACAUAGCUACCUUGACCAAGUCAACAGCUCGUGGAGAAAGUUCACAGGCAUUAACAAAUAUAUCUGGAUAUGUAGAAAGCAAUGGAAAGAUUGUGUUUUCUGCUCCACAACCAACCUGCAUUGAACUUCACACCAGUCAUACAUAUAUUUUAUGCAAAGCAACAAAAUUUGCUAGAUGCGGGUUUGCAAUGAUCAUACAUAGUUUUAUAAGUCAUUGA